AUAAGUCUUCAUGACAAGUGUUUGAUGAUGUCUACGUUCAAUAAUCUUUUCGCGUUAUUCUUGCUUUUGGUCUCCAAUGAUAUUGCAUAUGGAGUUGUUCAUCAUGCUUCAUCAUACCCUAGUCAUGUAAGCAAUGUCCCCGAGCAACAUGUUCAUGCUCCAAUUGUCGAACAACCACUUGCCAAAAUCGACAUUCUUAAGGCUGUUAUCGCGCUCCAUGAAUCAGCUUCCAUUCGUGCCAACCCUUUUCUUCUCGGGUCUAAGGGUGAAGAUACCGAAUGGAUCAACGUGAAUCUCGAGUACCCUAGACCGACCAAUGAUGACUGGGUAGGCGUUUUUUCACCCGCCAAGUUCAAUUCAUCAGAUUGUUACCCAGAAACUGGUACCCGGCAAGAGGCUUCGUAUAUAUGCACAUCCCCAAUAAAGUACAAAUAUGCAAACCACUCCACUGCUGAUUACGUGCGUCGAGGAAAAGCAACAUUGAGCUUUCAGAUUAUUAACCAACGCGCAGAUUUCUCCUUUGCAUUGUUUACAGGAGGGUUCAAAAAUCCAAAAUUGGUGGCUGUUUCAGACCCUAUAUCGUUUUCAAACCCAAAGGCCCCUUUGUAUCCUCGUCUUGCUCAUGGAAAGGCUUGGGACGAGAUGACAGUAACAUGGACAAGUGGCUACAACAUUGAUGAAGCCACCCCGCUUGUUGAGUGGGGUAGGAAGGGCCAUAACAAAAAGCUUUCUCCGGCUGGAACAUUAACCUUCACACGUGGCAGCAUGUGUGGUGCGCCUGCGCGUACAACUGGAUGGCGUGACCCUGGUUUUAUCCACACUAGUUUUCUAAAGGAAUUAUGGCCCGACACCAUAUACGAAUACCGAGUGGGACAUCUGUUGAAAACUGAACUAACUAUUUGGAGUAAAAUUUAUUCAUUCAAAUCAUCACCAUAUCCGGGACAAGACUCGUUACAACGUGUUAUAAUAUUUGGAGACAUGGGAAAGGCCGAACGUGACGGCUCAAACGAGUAUGCGAACUAUGAGCCAGGAUCAUUGUUUACUACAGACCAAUUAAUCAAUGACAUUAAAAACUAUGAUAUAGUUUUCCAUAUAGGAGGUUUGGCAUAUGCAAAUGGAUUUCUGUCACAAUGGGAUCAAUUCACCGCGCAAGUCGAACCCAUUUCAUCAGUAAAGCCAUAUAUGAUUGCAAGUGGAACCCAUGAACGUGAUUUUCCAAACUCCGGAUCUUUCUAUGACACUUCGGAUUCAGGUGGGGAGUGUGGUGUGCCAGCGGAGACCAUGUAUUACGUUCCUGCGGACAGUAGAGCUAAAUUAUGGUACUCAACAGAUUAUGGAAUGUUUCACUUUUGUAUAGCGGAUUCUGAGCAUGAUUGGAGGGAGGGCUCGGAACAAUAUGUAUGGAUAGAGAAAUGUUUAGCUUCGGUUGAUAGACAAAAACAGCCGUGGCUGAUAUUUGCAGCUCACCGUGUUCUUGGAUAUUCAUUGAAUAGUGGGUUAGCCGAUGAGGGUGCUACUGAAGAGCCCAUGGGGCGAACACACUUACAAAAGCUAUGGCAAAAAUAUAAAGUGGACAUUGCAUUUUAUGGUCAUGUUCAUAACUAUGAAAGAACUUGUCCUAUAUAUCAGAAUCAAUGUGUAAACUCAGAGAUAUUUGAUUAUUCUGGUACUAUGAACGGGACAAUUCAUGUUGUGGUUGGUGGUGGAGGGAGUCGUUUGUCGGAUUACACUGAGAAUAAUACGUCUUGGAGUUUGUAUAAAGAUCGCGAUUAUGGAUUUGUGAAACUAACCGCGUUUAAUCACUCCUCACUUUUAUUCGAGUACAAGAAGAGUAUUGAUGGAGAAGUCUAUGAUAACUUCACAAUCACAAGGGACUAUAGAGAUGUAUUGGCAUGUGUACAUGAUGGGUGUGAAGCUACCACUUUGACAAAUUAGCAAAUGGUAUUUUAGGAGAAUAAAGUUUAUAUUAAUUUUGUUUUCACUUGUAAUUCAAGCUUAUUACUUAGUAAUCUUGUUUUUGUUUGUUGAUUC